AUGUUCUCCCCUAGCAGAUGGAAUUUUGAUAUCUUUAAGGAGCCUCGUGGUUUUAUAAAGUUAAUUCAGAUCCUUUUUGCAAUAUGUGCAUUUGCGAUCACGUGUGAUUUUUCGACUAAUGAAAGGCUAUCCUUAAAUUGUGGCAAUGGAUCAAUCAUUGCAGAAUGCAGUUUUUCUUACCCGUUCCGAAUAUACGAGAACAAGAUUGAUGUAUGCGACAGCAAGGGAACGAUUAAUUUAUAUGGCGACUUCUCUGCUUCUGCCCAGUUCUUCGUUUUCACUGGCGUGAUCGUUUUUCUCUACUGCAUUGCGAUUUCUAUCCUUUACGUCUUCUGGGGUGAUGUUUACGAAAACGAUGGGCGUGUAGUCAAAGUGGAUUUCGUUGUUUCCGUCGCUAUCGCGGUUUUCUGGUUCAUCGCUUCAGCCGCUUGGGCUGACGGGGUUCAGCAACUCAAGCGCUAUACCGAACCCAGAGCGAUAGCAACGCAAGCUGAGGCUGAUCGUGAAAAGCUGGACGUGCUACUGGGUCCUACCUACGGUGGUUUGAAUGCCUCUUUGAUUUUCGGAUUCGCGAACAUUUUGUUGUGGGCUUCUAGCCUUUGGUUUAUCUGGAAAGAAACCUCUUGGGCCAAGCCAAACGAUUCAUUGAUGGAACCGAGUAAUGUUUCUGCCGCUGAUGGAUCGUCGAUUUAACCGUAACUCUUUAUACCUAUAUCGAUUCAACCACUAACACUUUUCUGACCCCAUCCAUCCCCUCUGUGUGCGUACCAGUGGAAUCUAUAUUCAUGCGUUCAGUCAGAUUUAACCUGUUCUUCACCGCUCUCGCUUAUCCUGUCCACUUUUUUCUGGUGCAUCACAACUGUCAAUUGACGACCGGUUUCACUGUUUACGUGGCUCCUUGUCACCCGACCGAAUGCUUCCAUUUUCGUGUUGGUCAGGCUUAUCACGAUAUCAGUGUCAAGCUCACUUCCAUGUGAUUCGCCUUCAACUUUGCCAUAUAGGCUGUCAUUGUGAGUG